UCAGAGACUCUGGGCUGAACCCACUUUCGUUUUAUGAAGUUCUCCGAGGAAUAGAAACUUGGCUGAAACCUUUGGAGAAGGAAAACGACCCACUAUCAACUUGUGUUCAACAGCUAAGCUGACGUAGCUUAUAACAGACGAAUGACAGUAUGGCUGCUGAGGAAUCUGAUGUGCCAACUGAUCUUGGAGCUGAAGUUGAGGAAGGGAAGCUGACUGGAGACGUAACUGACGCCAAACCUGACCGCAGGGGGAGAUUUCUAUUGUUUGGUAAGAAGAAUAAGGAUGGCCAGACGCGGGAGCAGGACUACUCUUCUGAAAGCCAUUACAGAAUUGUUUCACCAACAUUCCAGUAUAAGAUGAGCCACCAGCGAGUGGGCAAGUGCAUCAUCAUCAACAACAAAAACUUUGAUGAAAAGACAGGGAUGAAUGUACGCAAUGGCACGGACCGAGACGCAGGUGAGCUGUUCAAAUGCUUCAAGAGCCUGGGCUUCGACGUCUGCAUCUACAACGAUCAGACAUGUGAGAAGAUGGAGCGUCUUCUCAGAGAGGCCUCGGAGGAAGACCAUAGUGACAGCUCGUGUUUCGCCUGUAUCCUGCUAAGCCAUGGUGAGGAGGGCAUGAUCUACGGAACAGACGGAGCCAUGCCCAUCAAGUCCAUGACCUCACUGUUCAGAGGGGACAUGUGCAAAAGCUUAGUCGGAAAGCCCAAACUCUUCUUCAUCCAGGUCAUCGUUGAGAAAGCUACUCAGGAUCACAAUGAAAUGUCAUUUCAUUUACUUCACCAGGCUUGCAGGGGUUCCGAAUUUGAUGAUGGUAUACAGACAGAUUCGGGGCCGCCAAACGAUACCCUGGAGACGGAUGCAAAUCCAAGACAUAAGAUCCCUGUAGAGGCAGAUUUCCUCUUUGCCUACUCCACUGUGCCAGGGUAUUACUCAUGGAGAAACCCUGGGCGCGGCUCCUGGUUUGUCCAGGCGCUCUGCAACGUCCUCAACGAGUUCGGCAAGCAGCUGGAGAUCAUGCAGAUCCUGACACGGGUCAACUACAUGGUGGCCACCAGCUUUGAGUCCUGGUCUGAAGACCCACGCUUCAGCGAGAAGAAGCAGAUUCCCUGCGUGGUCUCUAUGCUGACGAAAGAACUGUAUUUCAACUGACCGCCAGCUGAAAUGACUGUACUGUACGACACCGCUGACUGACUCGACUGACCGACUCGACCGACUGUUUCAGGUACUGACUAAGCGGUCAAAGCAUUCAGGGAUGAUUCAGGCCCAGCAGGACACUGCACAUUUGGAGCACAUAUGACAUUUUGCAUGUGUAGUUGGGCCCGAAAAACAGGCACUCCGUGAAGGAAAGAAAAAAAUAUUUACAGUGGCACUCCGCGUUCAUGUGUUGAUGGUGAAACUUCUUCCUCUUCUUCAGGUUAUUCUUCGGAAUAAUGGCGUCACAUUUGAUCUGAUCUUUUCUUUGACAGGCAUUGUGAAAUAUUCAUGUUACUCCACCGGCCCGGAAAAUUUGCUGCCAGUUUUUUGUGGGUUCGGUGGAAUCAUAUCUGAAUAUGUGUCUCUCCAUUUUCCAGCAUUGGUAAUAGAUGUUGAAAGGAAAUGUACAGAGCAGUCAGGAGUCCUCGGGCUAAAAAUGGCUCUUGCAUUUAUUACACGAAAUGGGUUUUGAAUAUUUGAAGUAAUUUACAUUUAGUGUUCUGAGAGAAGUCUCUCCAGAAAUAGAUCAUAAACCUGCCUAAUGCAGUCCAGUGCAUUUGUGCAGUGUACAAUACUCUGUCACCAUUACAUAGGAAAAUAAAUUGGAAACCAGGUUUGAAAGCCUUUAUAAAGUCUAUAGAAAUCCCCACUUGAAAAGCAGACAGUGAUUACAAACCUUUUGAUUGCCAUAGGAGACACAAGGGAGCUGCUUUAAUUACAAACCCCGUCUGAUGCAUUGUUAGAGGGGGGAAAAAGCAUCUGGAAAAUGGAUCACAUCAUUUUCAGCUAUCUGUGUUUCCACGUUUUCAGCCGUCAAUUGUCGGAGACAACAGAAAAAGACAACACUCCUCUGAGCAGAAACACGUGACGACGCUUUUUGCCAAAGGCUCAGUGUCUCAGCCUUCCUAGCAAGUUUAAGUCGGUAGCAGCACGCUGGCAUCCUCAGGUUCUUUAAUGUCCCAUGAAGUGGGUUAAUGUCAUGUUAAAGAAUGUCAUAUACGUAUGGCUAGGAAGGUGUGAUCUUUUUGCUGUGUAGUGAUUAGUUUCAUGAGAUUUUGGGUCAAGUGCAUAGUACAUAGUCCACUCCUACAAAAGCAAGGAUUAUUUGCAAUUUGCCAGUUUUCACAGGCCGACGUUGGAAGACUUCACUUGCUUGUCGUUACACUUCAGAUAAGUGAAGUUUGUGUAAUUGCAUAUAAUCAAAAUAACGCAGUUGUCUUAUUAGUCAGGGUCCAAUGAAACAGUUAUGAAUUUCCCUUUUUCAGUCUUUGAAUUUAGACAUUCCUCUUUGAUAACUUUAACAGGAUACAUGCUGUAGGAUACACUUGAAAGAAGACUUAAAAAUGUCAAACACUGUGUCAUAAACUUGGGAAAUAUCAUAGUGUAAAGCUGGACUAGGGCCCAAAGCACAAAUGCCACAUCAUUUCACUGUAUAUUAGUGUUGUACAUUGUCAUUACACACACUACACUCUGAUAAGAGGCACCCAGCAAUGUCUUUCUGUUUUUAUUUUUAAAAUCCAUCUUUGAUUUCCAAAGAUUUAAACACCCAGCUCAUAAAAAAAAAAGAAAAAACAUUUAUUUUAUUUGUAAGCACUUAGUGCACUUUUUAGGAACAGUAUUGCAUAAUUUAUCCAA